GCCGAAGAUGCUGAAUGUGAUGAGAAGGAGGCCGCUGACACCCUCGUGUGUUCAGCCAUGUGUUCUAUAUCUGCAAAAACAUUGUUCCUUCGCGUCUUUCGCCCAGUCGCAGACAUCAAGUGCUGUGCAGUUGGCAUCUGUGGCGAAAUGCAGGCCGACGCAGAGCGCUGUGCAGCCAUGUCAACGACUGCGGGAGAUGGGCGUCAUCCACAGGGUCAGAUCUCUCAUGUGCACGACUUUCAUUCAUCGCAUCACAUUAAUUACGUGUGCGGUGACUGUGUCCCUGUCCGUCUGUGUGUGUGUUGUGUGUCAGCGGUUUGCCAGCAAACCCACUCCGCCGGUGAUAUCGCGAGAUGAGCAGCUGGGCGAGCUGCCGAGGCCGCAGAGGCAGCAGUCGGGGCUCAAGGGGCUGCUGAGAAGGGCGACGCAGCAGCAGCCCGUCACCGCCGUGCGAGCACCGCCUGCAUCGGUACAAACACACACACACCGACCUACCCUUUACCCCCACAAACACCGACACGCCUUCACAAACGCACCACUCUGUCUUUCCUCCCUUGUGCAGUCCUUCGCCAACCGCGACAUGGGCGCUGCGUCCGCUGCGUCAGCAGCACCAGCCGCGGGCGGGCUGGCAUCCGCCCCGCCGGAGCCCGGUGUGUACGAGGAGAUUAAGCCUGAGAUGGACGCCGAGCAGACCUGGGCGCGCAAGAAGCACUUCAAAAACCUGCCGCUGUGGGCAAGGACCGACAGGAUACCUUUGGCGGCACUGCUCAUGUCGGCGGCGUUGGUCGUGCCGCUGGCCGCUGGGGCCGUCGGCGUGCACGUGGCGCCUUGUGAGUCAGUCAUGAGUCGCGAGAUGGAUGGAUGCAUGGAUGGAUGGAUGGAUGGAUGGAUGGAGUGUGUGUGUGCGUGUGUGUGCAGUCACGCCGCUCGCAGAGCUGUCCCGUGACAUGCUGACGUGGUCGGUGCACUACGGCGCCGCGCUGCUGACCUUCCUGGUCAGCCAUGAGCAGAUAGAUAGGGCCUAAGAAAGUUUAUGGACUCACUCACUGGGUCUACGUGGACGAUGUGUGUCACUUCACUCAUUCAGGGUGGCAUCCACUUUGGUCUGUCGCUGGGCGACCUUGCCGUGCCCAAAGAAGUGAGCAGUGAAUGCAGAAAGAAUGAAGACAUGUGCAGGGUGGUGCCUGUGUGUGUGUGUGUGUCCGUUUGUGUGUGGUCAGACGACGUUCCGCGGGGUCUACAACCUGGCGCGUUACGGCUGGCCCGUCAUCCCACUCGUCAUGGGCAUGCUCGCAUCAGGUAACCGCGUCAGGCUCGACAUAUUGCUCUCAUGUGUGUCUGCAUCCAUUAUGCAUUUUGCGCUGUGUGCGUUGCUCGCCUACACAGUGAUGGCGUACGCAAUGCCCCGCGACAGCAUCUACUACCUCAUCACGGGAUUCUUCUGCAUCAUCAGUAACCAUCACAUCGCACGCACCAAACGAGACAGACAGACAGACACUUUGUUGGCCUGUGCGCAUGUCGUGGGUUCGUUGGUUGGUUGGUUGGUUGGUUCAGGCAUCGACUCGUUGUUCUACUUUUUCUGCCUCAUGCCGCCGUGGUUCAUCACGCUGCGGAUCGCACUCUGCCUCGCCAUCCAAAUCGGUCGGUCUGCGUGAACGUCUCACCACACAGAGGGACAUGGACAAUGGACACUCACCACCAAUAAUGCGCCUGUCUGUGGUGUGUGGUGUGUGGCGUGUGAUGUGAUGGUGGUGCCGUCGAUGCAUCCAGCACUGGGAAUAAUGGCGACGAGCGAGCAGGUGCAGUAUUUCGGCAGGAGGACGCAGCUCAAGAUGUGACCGGGGGGGAGGGAGGGAGGGAGGGUGGAUGGAUGGAUGGAUGGCGCCCAACAGGUGAUGACGAUGUGUUCUGUGCUCAAGUGGGGGUCUUUCCGUGGCUGGCCUGGAUGGAUGCGUCUUGUGGUGCUCGCGCUGGUGCGUGCGCGCGGCUCGUCUGGGUGCCGAGUGGCGACACAACCAAUCGCCGCCAUGUACUCAGAAGGCUGCGCGUGCCCUCUGGCUGAGUGGGCAAGGAUGCCCUGCCUGUCUGCCUCAAGAGUCCUUCAGUCCUGACUGAUGGGAGUGUUCUGCUCUGAUUGUAGCGACCUGUCAACAAGGGUCAUCUGUCCGUCCCGUGUUUAACAGUGAUGGAUCAGGCAGGCAGGCAGGCACGAACCAACGAAGGAAGAGGAUCAGACACAGCAACAAGUGCAGCCAGCCAUCGAUAAAUCAUCGCGGGGUUA